AUGAGGGAGCUUCUCAACGUCUACCUGCGCUGCGAAUACUUACCCCACGCGGUCUUCCAAAAUGACUAUUUUCUAGAGUAUAUGGCCUCCGGGAGGGACACGUUUUGCUCAUCGCUCCUAGUCAAUGCACUUCUAGCCUACUCAUGCACGCUCUUGUAUCGGUUCUUGGCUAAGGCGAAGCGUCUGUGGGAGCUUGAGGCGGACACUCCUCGUGUCACGACGGUCCAGGCCGGUGUCAUACUCAACACAGUGCACAACAUCUGCGGUCUCGACAAGUUUGGGAGGGCCUACACCACACAUGCUUUGAGCCUUGCUCACAUGCUACGGCUGUUUGACGAUACUGAAGAGGUUCAGGACCAACGCACGAGGGACGGGAGAUGUUUCACGGCGUGGGUGCUUUACAACUAUGAGACGUUCACUGCGUACCAUUUCAUGCACUCUCCAACUCUCAAAUACCCCCCUAGAGUGGCUCUUCCAGACCCGCUGAGGGAUCCACGAUGGUACGGCGAGGUGUGGCUCAAGUACCCUCUCGAAACGACCCUCUUCCCAACCCACUUCGGCCAGUUCUUCAAGGCAAGGUCCAACGCCUUCCACACCCGGUUUAGGAACUGGCAAUACGGUCUGCCGGACUGUCUCAAGCCCAGGUUCAUUGUGCAUCCAGGACACUUUAACCUUCACUUCUACCACCAAAACCCCAUCAUGACGCUCUACGAACGAUUUGUCUCCCAGCCCGUAUCCCAAAGCCCUAGUCCCCAAGAGAUCAUGUCCCUAGCUACCAAGCACCUCCUGACACUGAUCCGCAUCUACUAUCUCCUGCACGGGUUCAACGAAACAGUCCUCUUCAUCUGCCAGCCCCUCGCCCUGGUGGCAUUCAUGUGUCUAGACGCCAUUGACAAUCAGACGCCUGAUUUUGACCUCGAGGCUACCCGUUCCACUCUCUUCCUCGCCGCCAAAGGCCUGCGGGAUCAAGCCCGCAGUCACUAUGUGGCCGAGAGUCUAUUCCAGGUCGUCAAGGGUCGGAUGCGAUCAGAAGAGUUGAAUCUAAUGAGGAGCAUAGCCAGCAUCGAAGAUGUGCAUGACACGGGAACGAGAGGUCCCAUGCAGGCUGUUCACAGUGUAUGGCCCGUCGACAUCAUGAGCAAGUCGGAUGACAUCGAGGCCAAUAGUUUGAGUAGCUUGGUGGAACAGUUCGCCAUGGCCAGCCCCGAUACACAACAGGGACAGAGGGAGUUGCAAUGA